AACGCGGCCGCGGGGAAGGGGGGCCGGGCUCGCCGGGCUGCGCACCCCCCGCCACCGCCACCGCCCUCCUCCUCCUCCUCCUCCUCCUUCACCUCCUCCCCGUUAACGCGGGCCUCCGCGCCGGGCAUCGCCUCCCCUCCCUCGGCGGCUCCCCCCUGCAGCAUCCCCGGGGGGCGGCGGCGGGGUCCGGGGGAGGGAGCGGCUGGCGGAGCAUCCCCGGGGGGCUGCGGGGUGGGAGGCGGCCCCUUCUCGGUGUGGUGGUGGUGGGCGGGGGGAGCGGGAUGAUGGGGGUCGCGGGCAGGUGCUGGGGGAUGCAGACCUCGCCCAAGCCCUUGCCCGCUGCAGCCCCCGCCGCCGGUGCUCCCCGCAGGACCCCCCAAAACUUUCCUCCCCGGACUGGGAGGAAGGCGGUGGGAAGGUUGGGCAGCAAAGCGGACACUGACCGGCAUCCUUCCCCCCUCGGUGCCGGGGCUGUGGUCCCCGCCGCCCCUUCCUUCCCAAAGGGAUGGCAAGCGUUUCGGAGCGUGAGGAAGCGGGAGCGAAAGGGGAUUCUCCUGCCGUACAUCACCCCCGGGAGCCCGGCAGCCCGGGAAGCGGCUCCCGCCGCGGGCAAGGAUGGAGGGGGUCGGGUCUGGCUUGGGCUGUAACGCUGGGAUUCCUCUGUGUUCGUGCCAAGGUGGCCAGCUCGCAUUUUCAAGGCACCACCUUCGCUUUGCCCGACCGUAAGUCGGCGAACACCAGCUGACGGGGCACAAAGUAGCGGUAAAAAUACUCAACAGACAGAAAAUACGCAGCCUGGAUGUGGUUGGGAAGAUCAAACGAGAAAUUCAAAACCUUAAACUCUUCCGGCACCCUCAUAUUAUCAAGCUGUACCAGGUCAUCAGCACGCCAACGGACUUCUUCAUGGUCAUGGAAUAUGUAUCUGGCGGUGAAUUAUUUGAUUACAUCUGUAAGCAUGGACGUGUUGAAGAGGCAGAAGCUCGACGCCUUUUCCAGCAGAUUCUCUCGGCGGUGGAUUACUGCCACAGACACAUGGUUGUCCACCGAGACCUGAAACCGGAGAACGUGCUGCUGGACGCGCACAUGAAUGCGAAGAUAGCCGAUUUUGGAUUGUCCAACAUGAUGUCAGAUGGCGAAUUUCUACGCACGAGCUGCGGUUCCCCAAAUUAUGCAGCCCCUGAAGUCAUCUCUGGAAGGCUGUACGCCGGCCCCGAGGUGGACAUCUGGAGCUGUGGCGUUAUCCUCUACGCCCUUCUUUGUGGCACUUUGCCUUUCGACGACGAGCACGUCCCCACCCUCUUCAAGAAGAUCCGGGGAGGUGUGUUUUACAUCCCUGAAUACCUCAACCGCUCCGUCGCCACUCUCCUCAUGCACAUGCUGCAGGUUGACCCCCUCAAGCGAGCAACCAUCAAGGACAUCAGGGAACACGAGUGGUUUAAGGAGGAGCUGCCCAGUUACCUGUUCCCAGAGGACCCUUCCUACGACGCCACCGUCAUCGAUGACGACGCGGUUCGGGAAGUUUGUGAAAAGUUUGAAUGCACAGAGUCGGAGGUGAUGAACAGCCUGUACAGCGGUGACCCUCAGGACCAGCUGGCGGUGGCUUACCACCUCGUCAUUGACAACCGGAGGAUCAUGAACCAAGCCAGCGAGUUCUACCUGGCCUCCAGCCCCCCCACCGGCUCCUUCAUGGACGACAGCGCCAUGCACAUCCCUCCCGGGGUGAAGCCGCAUCCCGAGCGGAUGCCGCCCUUGAUAGCGGACAGCCCCAAAGCGCGAUGUCCUUUGGAUGCCCUCAACACCACCAAGCCAAAACCCCUGACUGUCAAAAAGGCCAAGUGGCACCUGGGAAUCCGCAGCCAGAGCAAACCCUAUGACAUUAUGGCCGAGGUCUACCGCGCUAUGAAACAGCUGGAUUUCGAGUGGAAGGUGGUGAACUCCUACCACCUCCGAGUGCGCCGCAAGAACCCGGUGACGGGCAACUACGUGAAGAUGAGCCUGCAGCUCUACCAGGUGGACAACCGCAGUUAUCUCUUGGACUUCAAAAGCAUCGAUGACGACGUGAUGGAGCAGAGGUCCGGCUCGUCCACGCCGCAGCGCUCCUGCUCCGCCGCCGGCUUGCACCGGCCGAGGCUGAGCAUCGAUGCCGCCGCGGCCGCCGAGUGCCAGUCGCUGAUGGGCUCUUUGAGCGGCUCCUUCGUCGGCAGCAUCCCCUCGGUGACGCCGCGCCUGGGGAGCCACACCAUGGACUUCUUCGAGAUGUGCGCCAGCCUGAUCAUGGCCCUGGCUCGCUGACGGGCGGCACCGAAGCACCGGUCCCUCCGCACACGGAAGCCUUCGCCCGGUUGUGACCACCCGAAAAUCGCUGCCAAAUCCGCCGUCCCCGCCAUCCCCCGCUCGCAGCUUCGCGCCGCCGGAGACUCGCUUCUCGCGCCGGAGGGCUCUCCCGUCCCGCCGCUGCCCAACGGACCGUCACCUUCAACCGCUCCGCUGACAAGGCAGGGAUAUCCGAAUCCAGCGUUUCACUCUUCCUUUACUACUGGCUAUCUGAAGGAAAGGAUUUUAUUUUCUAAGACAAACUACGGCGAUUUUUAAGGUUCAAUUCUCGUUAUUCAAGGGUAAACUCGAAUGCAUGUGUGACUCUUUUGUUUAAAAGAAUUUUUAUUUUUGAUUACAUAGGCUUCAUCUAAUGGGCAGCGUUGGCACCCGCUUGGCUUUGCUAUGGUAUUUAAUUCCAUUUACUUGAUUGCGAAGGAACGUUAAUAGUCUAAUGAGUCAAGGAACAAAUGCUUUAUGAAAACUUUGCCAAAAAAAUCCUGGGUGGGUUUUUUUUUUUCCCAUUUUUUUUUUGUUGUUGUUGUUGUUGUAAGAAACAAAGCAAAGGAGAACUUUUGCUAAUCCCAGGAACGCGGUCACUCAAAAAAAAAAAAAAUUUAAUCCAUCUUUUGGAUAGCUUCUUAUGACCCGUAGAGGUUUUUUGCUAGUUUUUUUUGUACAGUUGCACUUUAAUUUAUACUUUCUGCAAGUUUCUAUGAGAAGCAAGGAAGAGAACGACACAUUAAGCCUUUUGUACUAAUCAUUUUAGGUAAUGAAGACAAAUACGGGAUAUUUUUGCCAUCUACUGGCAGUUAAAUGGACAUUUUCAGCCUGAAGUCCCUUUUUUUUAAAAACACAAAAUUGCCUUACUUUUGUUACAGAUUACGCUUGGAUUCUCACUAUCGGGACUUUACAGCUCCAAUUUUUCCAGAAGCUGCACAAAAGCAUCCAAAAAAAAAGAAUAACAAAUCAGUUUUGCUGUUAAGUUCUCGUACGCUAAAUCCAACGCAGCAGUGCUUGGAUUAUAAAACCCGGCAGCAGAACAAUUUUCUUUUUAAAAGCAACACUGGAAAUAUUUGUAGUACUCCUAGGUUUUGUAUCGAGCUUUUUAUUAUCUUAUAUCGUGAUGAAAUAAAUACUCUGGGGCGGAGGAUGGCUUUGGUGCUGUGCCCGGUGGCUCUCGGACGAUGCGCGUCUCCGGUGCUGUGGUGUGAGCGGGUCAUACCUGGCGAGGAUGGAGAAUCCAGACUCCUGCAUGCCAAAAUAACCACCCCAGAGCCGAAGCUGAGCAGCACCCAGCUUUUUAGCAGCUUUCGGAUCAGUGCUGGGACACGAGCAAACGCUGAGCAAACAGCCCUAAAUGGUUUCGGGUGCUGGAGAUAAGUCCCUUUGGAAAGGAGCAGGAGAGGGCAGCCGAGUGGCUGGAGGGACAGACAUUAAUUUCCACCCAAGAAAGAGUUAGGAGCGUCCAUACCCCCGCCGCAAAAACGUAUUUGAGCUGUAAAAGGCUGUUUAAAUCGUCGCUCCCACCUGAGCAUGUUGCCAAGUCGCUUGUCCUGGAGACACCUGUAGCCCAGUUGAGGAGGGGCUGGCGCAUUAGAUACGAUCUGCGGUUCAGGAGGACGUCGAUGUACAGAUGUCUCGCCUUAAAAUGACACCUCCCCUCUGGGACUUCCUACCCGGCAGAACUGAUGGCAUUAAAGGGCAGCGAAUGCCCUUGGGAGGAAAUACUGGCUUCCUGGAGGCGGGUGGGAUUUGUAGGUGGUAGAAUAAGCCCUUGCAGCACUUGGCAUCUUCUCAGCCCCUUGCAAACAUUAACUCACGUGUGGAUCUGCAAAGCCUGUCCUGCCCGGAAGGCCAGAAAAGUGGCUCAGUUUUCCGUAUGGAGAGACACAAAGAGAUGAAGCACCGUUCCUGCUCGAUGUCAGCAGAGGCAGUGGAGCGAGUGGGACCGAUGGAAGUAGCGCCGUGAGGAACACAUCCGAUUAAACCGUCCCUUACAGCCUUACCCAAAUCCACGCUGCGCUUUGAAAUAGUCUGAGAAGUCGCCCUUUUUUUUUUUUUAAUAAUUUAUUUUGCUUUCACACAGGCUAUUUUCUGGUUCCCAGCUACAAAGAAGCUGCUGACCUCCAGUUACAUUUUCCAGAGGAAAAGUUUAACUUUUACGCUGUUACACUGUGGUCAGGUUUGGUGGGUUUUUUGGUUUGUUUUUUUUUUUUUUUUUUUUUUCCCGGUGAUGCUGGUACACGCCUGACCAUCAGGAAAAGCAGGGUAAACCUAUUUGACCUACAGAAACUUGAAUUCCUCCAAGUGCAAUUCUUCAAAAGCCGCUGGACGCCUGCGCUUUGCAAGCCACAAACUCACCCAAACUUUGCUUCAGCCCGAGGGGGGGGAGAGAGACGAAAAUGCAAAGGCUGGAGUUCAGUUAGGCCCCAGCAUGGACCUCCAGCUCCUGGAGGAGUUAAUUCAGAAAUAGCUUGUACUGUACUAGUUGGCAAAUAUAUAUAUAUGUAUAGAUUAUAUAUGUAUUAUAUAUAAUGUAUUAUAUAUGUGUAUUACAUAUAAUGUAUUAUAUAUAAUAUACAUAUAUAUAUUAUACAUAAGAUAUAUGUAUACAUAUAUACACAUAUAUAUUAUAUGUGUGUGUACAUAUAUAUAUAUAUAUAAAAAAAAUGUAGGUGGCAUCCCUGUGAUUGGCCUCUCAGUUUGGUUUGCCCAGCGGGGUAGGUGCGUGCCCUGGACGCCUGCCAUCGCCCACGCUAAUCCCGGCGUGCGAGAGGACCCGGAGAAAAGCGAUGGUAUUUUUACACCAUCUUCUAGGUAAAGCCCCGGAGGAGCUCAGCUGACCCCCGUCGGACCCAGCGUGGCCUCGGCCAGGGAUGGGAGGCGAGGUGGCAUCGGGAGCCGGGAGCGUCCUCCCACCCUCCCCUGCCGAAGCCGAUGAGGUUUGGGACAAUUUGGGGUUCAGGAGUCAGAGCUGAGCAGGCGAAGGCAGCAGGAUUUUUAUUUUUUUUUCUCUUGAGGGGUCAGAAAUGCAUCUUCCGCAUGUACACCCAACUCAGCAUUUCAUCAGGGGUGUAGAAGCACGGGGGUCGAUCUGGGCAGCGUUGUAAAAAAGUGAAGCAACGGGUUAGUGUCUGUUGUAUAUACAAUUUUUCGUGUGAUUAUAAUGGCACUCGUAUUGGAAUAGAGGAAGUUUGACCAAAAUAAUAAGCAUUCUGUCGACUCCUUUUCAUUUCACUGCUCUUUGUCGUCACUCGUCUUGUGUGCACCCAUCGAGAAGGAGGAGCGCCCCAUGCGCAGGACAUGAAACUGUGCCUUGGACAUACAUCCGGACUGCUGGAGGUCGCAGCUUUAUUUCACAGGGUGCACAACCCCCCCCACCCCUCCCGAGUUUAUGCAGAAUCCCGCCGGUGAGACGUGCAGGCCGUGUUUCUAAAUACUUGAAGUACCAUUUCUUGUGCAAUUAUUUGGCUUCACCCUUUUAGUCGCUGAGAGGAGAAGGGGGAAGAAGAAUCGCACAUCCAUCCCUUUGGAUGAGCCAAACAAAUCCCCGCUCCGGCUCCUGAAGUAUUUUACUGAAAAUUCUUAGGAUCUGUUUUUGUUUCAGGUGUACGAUGUACCUCCUAGAGUCACCUUUCUUCAGGUCUUACUUUGGUGCGGGCUUUCCAUUUAGCACUUUCCUUCGGCCUCCUUAGCCCUUCCCUUAUAUAUUUCUUGUCGUCAUUCACUUAUAAAAAACAAAGCAACAGCUUCCCAUAAUUCUGAAUUUCCAGUUUGCCUCUUGGGCACGGAGUUAACGAUUCAUUCAGAGGUACCUCACUCCCGUGCCUGAGAGAUGAAGUGUUUUUUUUUUUUUUUUAGAAUUCCCACAUUAUACUAUUGACCAAACACUGACUUUUGCUGAGAGGAAAAAAAAAAAUCUGAUCUUCCGUGUAUCGGAUGCACAUAUCUUCGCUCGGUUUUGGUCACCAAAAUUAGGAGAACUGGACGGUAAAUGAGAGCUCCGGCUGCAAAGCAUGAGUACACUUCUGGUGUUACGAAAAGCCUGUUUUCAACAAAAGCCUUGAAAUUCCUGCUGAAGCUGCCUUAAUUUAAAAAUCGAAGUUUAUUUGUAAGACUCAUCUCUGUGGCUUUUUUUUUUUUUUUUCCAAGUUUUGAAAUGGUUUAUUUAUCCUCAUCUCACGAAGCUGUGAAGUAGGUACUGUAGACAUGGUGAUAUUUAUUCUUGUUGCUGAAAGCAUGUUCAUGUGUUCUGUAUCAUGUUAUAUUCACAUGUUUUGUACCUCAAUGCAUUUGUUUUUUGUUGGGUUUUGGUUUUUUUUUUAAUUUUAGAGCACAAAGCAAAACUGAAUCUGAGCAUCACUGUAGUGUCCAUGGCCCGGCACCUCUGGGCAGACAAACCUCAGCUCUGUGGGGGAGAUGAACCAGACUAGUCCAUUGCAAUUUUUCGUUCAUACUAUAGGGAGUAUUUAUGAUUUAUGAUAUUCUCUAUUUAUGGGGGUUUUCUGGUUAAAAUACUGAACUUUUAAAAGCUCCGAGUGUAAGCAUCCCUUCAAACAUAUCAUUAACGUGAAGCUCAGGAAAAAACCCUGAGCUCUAUAAACACUCCGUCCUCCUUGGCGUUUUCUAUGUUGUCAACCGAUGGACCGGCGAAGGUUUUGUUUUCAAAUUGAUUGCUUUAGUACUUUCUGGGGCUAGCUGUUGUGGAAGGGCACGGAGCCUAGGUUCAGUUUUGUCCUUUGUGCAAGUAACUGUGCAUUAGAUAUAAUCACAACGAAGCCUUUUACCUUCCAUUUAUGGUGUGGAAAGUGUUUCUCGGUGUACCGCACUGCAUGUGAUAGCUGUCUCCAUGGUUGACAUUUGCACUUUAAUAAACUCAGAGAUGAAAAGCGGCAA